AUGUACGCCAAGUCGAGUCUGGUGGCUCUUGCCGCCGCCAUCGCCCCUGCUCUGGCCGCUUACCAGGGCUUCAACUACGGCUCCACCGACAGCAGUGGUGCCGCCAAGCAGCAGGCCGAUUUCGAGAAUGAGUUCAAGAUUGCUCAGGGCCUCAUCGGUGCUCCCGGCACCUUUAACAGUGCUCGUCUCUACACCAUGGUGCAAGGCGGUACUACCAACGACCCCAUCUCCGCCAUUCCUGCUGCCAUCAGCACCAAGACUUCCCUCUUGCUCGGUCUCUGGGCAUCUGGCGGUGAUGCCGUGUUCGCUAACGAGCUGGCUGCGCUGAAGUCUGCCAUCUCUACUUAUGGUAGCAGCCUGGGCUCUCUGGUUGCUGGCAUCUCCGUUGGAAGCGAGGACCUGUACCGCAUCACUCCCACAGGCAUUGAAAACGGCGAGAACCCAGGAUUGGGACCCGGCCCUCUCACUGAUUACAUCAACCAGGUGAAGAAGCUCAUCUCCGGCACCUCUCUGGCAGAUGUUCCCGUUGGCCACGUCGAUACCUGGAACGCUUGGACUAACGGUUCCAACUCGGCCGUUAUCGAGGCCUGCGACUGGCUCGGUGUUGAUGAGUACCCUUACUUCCAGAACACCCAGGACAACGGCAUCGAUAACGCAAAGGCCCUCUUCGACGAUGCCUACGGUGCCGUGACCGGUGUUGCUGGCGGCAAGCCUGUCUGGGUGACCGAGACUGGCUGGCCCACCGCCGGCAAGUCCCAGAACCUCGCUACUGCCAGUGUCGCCAACUCCAAGACUUUCUGGGACGAGGUCGGCUGCCCCCUGUUCGGCACCACCAACACUUGGUACUACACUCUGUUCGAUGCUCCUUCGUCUCCCACCUUCGGAAUCGUCGGCGACACUCUGAGCACCACUCCCGUCUUCGACCUGUCCUGCAAGGCUGUUUCUUCCUCUACCUCUUCCGCAGCUCCCACCACCACUAAGGGCAGCUCUGGAACCGGCUCUGGCUCUGGAUCUUCUACUACCACUGCUGCCGUCGAUUCUAGCGCUAGCGCUUCUGCUUCUGAGGCUGCUUCUACCUCUGAUGCUCCUGUCGAGAGCGGCAGCCCCGGUAUUGGUGGUGGCCUGCCCAGCUCUCAGCUCUCCCUAGAGACCUCGACCAUUGCAGCGACCGCGACGGGCACUGGCUCGGGAUCCGGCUCUACCGCCUCUGUCACCUCCGGCAGUGGCUCUAACAGCACCAUCUCCGGCACUGCCACUCCUUCCGCGUCCGUCAUCUCUGACAACGCCGGCGGUGCCACCACUGUCUCCCUUGGCGCUGCCUUCGCUGCCAUCAUGGUUGCCGUCCUUGCUCUGUAA